CAUAUUUAAUACACCAGAAGCUAACCUAGCUAGCCUUAGCUGUUUACAAGCUGAAACUUUUAACGUGACACGUUAACUCAAAGCAAGCCUUUCACUAAAGCUAAAAAUGAAUGUCAUAGAACACGUACGGGACAUGGCUGCUGCCGGCCUUCACUCCAACGUCCGGAUAUUGAGCAGUUUACUGCUGACGAUGAGCAAUAACAACCCAGAGCUGUUCUCACCAGCCCAGAAAUACCAGCUCUUGGUUUACCAUGCGGAUGCCAUCUUCCAUGAUAAAGAGUAUCGUAAUGCUGCAUGCAAGUACAGUAUGGCACUGCAACAGAAGAAGGUGCUCAGCAAGACAUCCAAAGUCCGAACUUCUACUGGUGGAGCUGCAGCUAACUUACAGGCACAGAGUUUGCCCUCAGAGAUUGAGGUAAAAUACAAGAUUGCUGAAUGCUACACCAUCUUGAAAUUGGAUAAAGACGCCAUCGCGGUGCUUGAUGGGAUUCCCUCAAGACAGAGAACUCCAAAGAUCAACAUGAUGCUGGCUAACCUGUACAGGAAAGCUGGUCAGGAGCGCUCUGCUGUCACGAGCUACAAAGAAGUCCUCAGACAGUGCCCCCUCGCCCUGGAUGCAAUCAUCGGCCUGCUCUCUUUAUCAGUCAAAGGAGCUGAAGUGGCAUCCAUGACCAUGGAUGUGAUCCAGAGUAUCCCCAACCUGGACUGGCUGUCUGUUUGGAUAAAAGCAUACGCCUUCAUACAUGCUGGAGACAAUCAAAGAGCCAUCAACACCAUCUGCUCUCUGGAGAAGAAGUCCCUUUUGCGGGACAACGUGGACCUGCUGGUCAGCCUGGCAGAUGUCUACUUCAGGGCUGGUGACACCAAGAACGCCAUCCUCAAAUUUGAACAAGCCCAGAUGCUGGACCCCUAUCUCAUCAAAGGAAUGGAUGUGUACGGCUACCUGAUGGCUCGUGAGGGCCACCUGGAGGACGUUGAGGUCCUGGGAGGCCGACUGUUUAAUAUCUCAGACCAGCACGCUGAGCCCUGGGUCAUUUCUGGUUGUCACAGCUUUUACAGCAAGCGAUACUCCAGAGCUCUCUACCUGGGAGCAAAGGCCAUCCAGCUGAACAGCAACAGCGUACAGGCCCUGCUGCUGAAAGGGGCGGCGCUGAGAAACAUGGGCCGCGUUCAGGAAGCCAUCAUCCACUUCAGAGAGGCCAUGCGUCUGGCGCCAUGCAGGCUCGACUGCUACGAAGGUCUGAUUGACUGUUACCUGGCGUCCAAUGGGAUAAGAGAGGCUAUGGGGAUGGCCAAUAACAUCUAUAAGACUCUGGGGGCCAACGCGCAGACUUUGACCAUCCUUGCCACGGUGUGCCUAGAAGACCCUGUGACUCAGGAGAAAGCCAAAACCCUGCUGGACAAAGCUCUGGCUCAGAGACCCGACUACACCAAGGCUGUGGUCAAAAAGGCCGAACUGCUCAGUCGGGAACAGAAAUAUGAGGAAGGGAUCGCUCUGCUCCGGAACGCUCUGGCCAAUCAGAGUGAUUGCGUCCUGCACAGGAUGCUGGGAGAUUUCCUGGUGGCUGUCAAUGAUUACCAAGAAGCCAUGGAUCAGUAUAGUAUAGCAUUAAGUCUGGAUCCCAACGAUCAGAAGUCUCUAGAAGGCAUGCAGAAAAUGGAAAAGGAGGAGAGUCCCACGGACGCCACGGUGGAGCUGGACGGCGACGACAUGGAGGGCAGCGGGGAGGACGGAGACCUGGAGGGCAGCGACAGCGAGGCGGCUCAGUGGGCAGAUCAGGAACAGUGGUUCGGUAUGCAGUGACCCAGGGCCAACGCCUCCUAACACCCUGCAGCCUACGAGGGGGAAGGCCUUCAGCCAUCAGGGCGGUCAAACAAAACGAGGCGGCCUCUGAAGUUCACACCGCUCCUCACACCUCAACCACAGAGGUGAACACGGAGACAUUGCCUGCUUCAGAGACCCCCGGAUGAAGUGACGCCCAGGUUUGCAGUGCAGCUACAGGAGGACUUCAGUGCUUUUUUUGUUUUGUUGUUUUUUUGAAGUGAAGCUUGAUGCACAACUCCAGCCAUUUUAGAGCCAUCAUCCUGACGGUGUUAUCAACCACACUACUGGAGCACUUUUCGAUGCUGAUUUGCUCGUCUACACAGCUGUGCACCAAAGUCUUAAAACUGACAUGUUUUCCAACAGCUUGGUUAUUAGAUCUGUGGUGAGACAUCUUUAAAAAAAUUAAAGUUACACCAUUCAUUUGAAUGAAAUAUGUUACUGUUCCAGGUGUUAUAAAAUACAACCUGACAGCUUUUUCAGCAGUGUAACUAGAACCAGCCAAAGGUGUACACUGAAGGUCAGAAACAACCAGUAUGAUAGCAAAACCAGGUUCAGGCCCAAAAUGGCUGGUGUUCUACUCAACAUGUGUUACAGCGGGGCAAAGAUUUUUAAUUAGUGUUGUGUUUGAGGCUGACACUCACUUGUUUGCCGCAAGAGGCAACAAAGUCCAGAUGUCAAAGUAUCACAAUCACAUUUCUCUAACAGAUACUUGAUGUCUGUUUAAAAAAAAAGAAAAAGAAAAAAAAAAGUGACAAUGUAUAAUAUUUCUGCUGCUCACUAAAAGUUUCAUUUUUAAUUCUGUCUCAUCAGAAUUUGUCAUGUAUUGUAUAAUUGUCCUUAUUUUUGUGCGUGUCGUCUGCCUUUCUCUGUAUGAAAAAAAACAAAAACCAUCACUGACUCAUUCUUAGGUUGGGAAGUGUUACUUUACCAUUUUCAAAACAAAUGUUUAUAGUAUUUUGUACAUAUUUUUAAAAAUGUAUAAUAAAAUCAUUAAACACUC